AGGAGGGAGGAGACCUUCCCGCCCCCUCCACUAUCACGUGGGAAAACAAAUGCUGCGGCCGCUGCCCUGCCCUGCCCUGCCCUGUGGCCCGGCGAGGCGGAGGGUGGGCGGGCCGCGUGCAGCACCAUGAAGAUGCAUUUCAGCAUCCCCGUCUCGGAGCAGCUGCUGGAGAAGUUCGGGGGCCGCUACGUGCUGUACUCGGUGUACCUGGAAGGCUUCCUCUUCUGCAAGGUGCGCUACAGCCAGCUACACCACUGGAACGAUCAGCUAAGACGGAUCUUUGGGAGUACCGUGCCUGCUUUCCCUCCAAAGUUCUAUCUUGCAAUGACCAAGUCCAUGGCUGAUGAGAGGAGGUCUCAGCUUGAGCAAUAUCUACAGAGUGUAACUGUAGAUCCAAGUAUUACAAACAGUGAUGUCUUCAUCAGUUUUUUUAGAAAAUUACAGCAGGAUACAUUUAAGAUCCAGACACAGAGAGCCUCUCUGGAUGUUUACCUGGCCGAUGGAAGGAAUGUUAAGCUUGAUAUCCAGACAUCGGACACUGCUGAAAGAGUACUAGAGGUUGUCUCAUACAAGAUGGGGCUGUCAAGAGAAUUAAUAGGAUAUUUUAGCUUAUUUUUUAUUCAAGAUCACAGCAAUGGAGUUCUCUCUGUGGUGAAAAAAGUGGCAGAAUUUGAACUUCCCUACGUGAGUCUUCAGAGUAUGAAAGAGUCAGACUGUAAGAUUGGGAUCAGAAAAUGGUAUAUGGAUCCCUCUCUUGAUAAAAUGUUAAUGGACUGUAGAGCUUCAGUGAAUUUACUCUAUAUGCAGGCACUGCAGGAAAUUGAGAAAAAUUGGGUCAAACCCACAGAUGGACAGAUGCAGAAACUGGAAUCGCUACAAAAAGCGGCAAACAAAAUGAAGGUUCUAGAGCUGGUUCAGGAAGUGCAGCACUAUGGAUAUAUACAGCUUGAUCCCUGCACCUGUGACUAUCCAGAAGUAGGCUGUUCUGCUGCUGUUCAUGUAGGAAAUAAUGAGAUUAGCUGCUGCAUAAAGUUACCUAGUAACCAGACCAAAGAAGUCAGCUUCAAGAUCAACAGGGUGAGGUGUUGGCAGGUCACUUUUCUAGGCGCUAUUACACAGCCAAAAGACCAAGGACACGAGCAGACCCUAGAGCUCAGGUUCGAGUACAAUGAUUCGGACUCAUGGAGAUGGAUCGUCUUUUACACAAAACAGGCAUUUCUACUGAGUAGCUGCUUAAAAAAGAUAAUAUCAGAACAGCUGAUGAACACAACCAAAGGAGACCAAGAAAUGCAGAUUGAGAUGCCUGAAUCCCUGAAGAGUAAAAAAUCCAGCGUCCAACAAAGUCAGAUAGCUCACUCUGGUUUUAUACCAAGAAAAAGGAUUUUGGUUAGACCAAAUAAAGAGGAUGGUGUUUUUGAGAAGAUAAGAGAGGAAGAUCUGUGAUAGAUUAUUUAGAAUUGCCUAUAAAAAUAUGUUGCAAAGUAUCAAUUAUAUUAAAAUAGUCUUCAAUUUAACAAUACCUUAUACAUUUUUCUGAUUCCUUGACAAUUAUAACAUUCUUGAUCUUGUAGUUUUAAAGAUCCAGUUAACCACUCCCUGGAGUUAGAACUUGCUACAAAUUUGAAGAAAAAGUGAAGACAGGGCAACAUAAAAACAUCUCACAUUUCUUAUAUAUGUGUAUUUUUAUAACUGAAAUUAAAAAAAAUUGAAAUAGAAAACAGUCUACUGAAAUGUUAGAGCUUGAGAAUUUUAUUUUGCAUUAAAAUAUAAAGUU